CAAUCAUUGACAAUGUGAUCAAUGUGACAAUGUGAUCUUGAUGUGAAUGGCGUUGAUCAUUAUUCCGGGAUUGUUUGGAGCUGGUUACUUUGAUAAUGGUGGGGGCACCAUCAAGUCCGUUUAUCAUGCAUGUUUGGAGACUGUACAGAGUCCAACAACUAUCUAUCAGAACAUUAAACCCACUCUUAUCUCGGAAUGGUGUGCCAACAAGUCAUGUUCAGCGCAUGUGGCUGAAUACACCCAGAGAGCAGCCCAAAGAGCUGACACCUGAAAAUGACAAGAGAAUAAUAUACAACUGCAUGCUGACAAGACUGUCAAAAUAUGAGGCUCAGCAGCUCCAUAGAAGGAUGCAAAGAGCCAGGUGGGAAAAGCAGCAGCCAGAGUCCAGCUUGCCUGCCUCCGUUUUCCUCAGUAUAUCCAGCAGUGGCUCAGUGGACACCUCAGACUCGGCCGCCCAGUCGGGAUCUGAAUCCCUGUCGCCGGCGGAGGUCACGUUUCCAUACGCCUCGCCGACCCCCGUGCAGUUCACGGACGCGCCGCGGGACCGGGAGCCCGCGGACGAGCCGCUGCCGGCCAACACGCGGCUGCAGCAGUCGGUGCGCGAGCGGGUGCGGCUGCUGCGCGAGCAGGCCGUGCGCGAGGAGGCGGCCGCGGCCGACGGCGCCGACCAGGACGAGCUGUGGGUGCUGCGCUACGGCCGGCCGGACCCGUCCGUGCCCGUGAGCCGGUCCGUGUGCGGCGGCUGCGGCGCCCACCUGCACUGCCAGGAGCCCGCCUGGCCCGGCUACCUGCCGGCCGAGGUGCUGCGCGCGGCGCCCGAGCGCGAGCUGCGCGACCUGGUCUGCCAGCGCUGCUACUUCCUGCGCUUCCACCAGACGGCUGUGAACGUGACGGUGCCGGCGGCCGACUACUCUCUGCUGAUGCGCCGCAUGGGCGACUGGCCGGCGCUGCUCGUGCUGGUGGUGGACCUGCUGGACUUCCCCUGCAGCGUGUGGUCCGGCAUCGGACAGCUGGUCGGUCGGUCUCGGCCGGUGAUCAUCGUCGGCAACAAGGUGGACCUGCUGCCCCAGGACAGCGACGGCUACCUGGCGCGCGUGACCGCCUCGCUCAGCGCCGCCCUGGAGCGCUGCGGCGUCGACCGGCUCAACGUGAAGCACACGUGCCUGGUCAGCGCGCGCACCGGAUACGGCAUCGAGGAGCUGGUCACCGUCAUACAGACCCACUGGGCCGCUCAGGGCGACGUGUACCUGAUGGGCUGCACCAAUGUCGGCAAGUCGACUCUGUUUAAUGCGCUGCUGCAGUCGGAUCUGUGCAAGUCGACGGCGCACGACCUGAUCCGGCGGGCGACCACCUCGCGGUGGCCGGGCACCACCCUCAACCUGCUGAAGUUUCCAAUGAUGCGACCUCAGGAGUUUCACCUGCAAAAGCGCCGCCAGCGGCUGCAGCGCGAGAAAAACUGGGCGGCAGAGGAGCAGCGCCUGCGCCACUCGCAGCUGAUGGAAACCAAACAGCCCCGAUACGCCAUGCUCACAGGUCACAUCGGUCGCACGUUCCGCGGCGAGCGCGCCCGGGACGGCGAGGCGGCAGUGCUGGGCGCCGCGCCGGAGCCGGAGCCGGAGCGGAUCGGCGGGGUGGCCGCCGACGACCCGCGCUUCCCGACCGGCCGCUGGGUGUACGACACGCCCGGCUUCGUCAGCGCCGACCAGCUGCUGGGCCAGCUGACGCAGCAGGAGCUGCUGCUGACGCUGGGCCGGCAGCUGCUGCGGCCGCGCACCUUCUCACUGGCGCCCGGACAGUCUCUGUUUGUGGCCGGCCUGGCGCGCCUCGACUACCGCGCGGGACCCAGCAACGCCAGGCUGACAGUGUUCGCCUCGGGCGACCUGCCGGUGACGGUGACGGCCACAGAGGACGCUGCUGCCAUCUAUCGGGAAUACCUGCAGUCGGGGUUGUUCGUGGUGCCGUGCGGCGGCGCUGACCGCUUCUCGCGCUGGCCGGAGCUGGAGCCGCGGGAGCUGACCGUGACAGGAGGUUCUCUGACAGAGAGCGCUGCCGAUAUCGUCCUCUCCUCGGCCGGCUGGGUGGCGGUCACCCCGGCCGAGGACCGCUCUGGUGGCAAUCACAAGGAGCUGAAGUUCACGGCGCACACGCCAGGUGGCGCUGGUGUGUUCGUUCGCUCGCCGCCCGUGCUGCCGUACGCGGUACGGCUGCGGGGUCGCCGGCAGCGCGACUCGCCAGCGCACCGGGUCGGCGAGCUCUACCAGCUGAGGGAGGCGCGGCGGUGACGAUCGCGUCAUCGGACCGUCAUCAGACCGCCAUCGAACAGUCAUCCGUCAGCCGUCAGCUGGUACAGGGAAGUCAAAACUCGGCGGAAAUGGUGAUCCCGGCUAUCGGUUUCCUGGUUGGGGCCCAGUUACGCAAAGCCUAUUGAGACUGCUUUAAUGCUUUGUGAGCGUUGUUUGUGUGUGGAAAACCACCACCGAUGAUUGUUAUUAAUCUUCCUGUGUCCGAUAUCGCAGAAGGAAACAACAAAGUUGAAUGGCUGUUGUGAAAGUGUGAGUUCAUACUUCCAUGAGGUGCUCUGGGUCCCUAGAAGCCGCCAGUUGUUUUUGUACAGGUGUCAUACGUAUUGUUUCUCAUUCGAUGAUGUUCAUUCAUCUAGUCUAGUCCUCAUAUUUGCCUCAAGCCGGCGCACAUUAGUCGACAUUGUGUGAUACUCAGAAUAGAAAUGCCAUGCGGUUUUACGACGCGAGUUGAGUGUUUGUUUUGGAGGGCUUCCGACAGCUAGUGGCGGCGUAUCUCGGUAAGCUGAUGUUUUGGAGCGAUAUUGGAAGCGACGAGGCGCUCACUUUCCGUUCUGGAAACGACGGAUUUAACUUCAGCGCCGCCCGGUCAUCUGUCACGAUUCAUCAAUCAUGAGCACACCUGUGCAAAAAUGCGUCUCUAAAAAUAUGUGUCGUUAGUUGCUUCUGUUGAGACUUGAGAAUCAUUUCUGCUCGGAGGAGUGGGCUUAGUUCGACCAAUCAUAUCCCAAUGAGCACAUAUUCCGUGUCUCUGAGAUUAGAUUCAGUCGAUUCAUAAGUGACUGAUUAGUCUGCGGUGGGUGACGGCGGUGGUCUGUCAGUCACGACAGGCUGGUCCUGUGACGUCAGCGGACCCCAUGAACUCGCUGUGUCGUGAUUUGCUCGGCGCCACCGGCCGGAAAGGCGCCCCGAAAAUCACCUAGCGCCGGGUGCGUUCGCGGAAAAUCCACCCCUGCGGUCAAAAAUGGCGUGAGGGUGACGUGAUGGCUCUGUGCCGUCCCAUACGCCCCCCCCCCCCUCCGGAUUUGAGAGGUACAUACGGGUGAUUGCGGUUUGCUGGCGGAGCUGCAUCAUUGACCGUCUAACCAGCUGUAAAAGAUGACGUUAGCUUUUCAUAACUGCUGAGAGACGAGGGUUUCGCUAUCGCAUUCCAGCAGAUUUGAUCAAUGAUGGUUACGCUGGUGCUCAUAUGUUGAAACGGAAAUCCUUCAAUACAAUGCUGAAUUGAAUCA